AUGGAGGGGAUAUCCCUCUCAUCCCCACGUGCACCCAUCGCCUCAGGAGGACACGGCACUGCCACUCCACAACCUCCCAUGACCUUGCCUGUACCCGAGGACUGGUUGCAGGACAACGACUACUUGGAUACCCGAAUUGCGGGCAUUCCUGUCACCAACCUGCAUCCCGCUCACUUCCUUUACCAGGGGUGGAACAGCUACUGGCUUAGGUGGAUUGCCGCCGGCAAAGAGGCCUACUUCAUUGUUGCUCCCACCAAAGCCGAAAUGGUGCUGGCCGGUGAGCUCUUAUCACAAAUAAGAGCUCAGGGUCUGGACAUCGAUGCAGCUGCCACCAACCAUGCUGUCCAAACUCAAACCUCUCAAGCUAAGAACCUUGCUGUCAAAGCCUUGGGCCAGUUUCUUGUCGACCAGGUAAAGAGCAAGAUACCUGUCGAAACAGACUGUGAGUCUCAGGCCAGAAUCCGUGAGCUUGAAGGCCAGAUCGGGAGCCUGCAACAACAGCUUCAAAAGCAGCAGCAUUCGGCCAGUGCCCCUCCCGACAACAGCAUCGGCCUCGGAUCCCCCGGCCCUUCCACUCCUCUCCCUGCCCGUGGCAACAAUGCCGAUCGCUCUCCUCUUGCACCGCCAGCGGAGUCGUCUUCACCAAACUCCACGACAAAAUCCACUGCUGCACCUGCACUCGCAGGCCAAAACCUGCGGCAGUUACCCUUGCAGUUCAGCCCCGGCUCCAACCUUGGCACCCCUGCCAAGCCUGAACCUUCUUCCAUCAUGCAGCCACCACAGGAAGGCUCACGAUGGCUCGCCUCUCAUUUUCCAGCCAAAUGCCAUGAUAAGGAACUAAAGCCCUGGAUCAACUCCUUGACCUUGAACGACCGCAAAAAAUCCGAGUUGCAGGACUGGUUGAAGCAAGUCGAAGACUGGGUCGAAGCCCAGGACACCGACGACUUCUUGACAAAAAUUCGGAGAACGGCAGUAAUUUGGGGAGUUCCUCCCGCUACUGUCACCAAGUUACAGAAGCAACCUUUGGCAAAGCUCAUUGCAGUUGGCUCCUACAUGGAGCGGUGA